UGCAGGGACUAGUUCGUCAGCACAGCGGAGUGAUUUGUACCCCACCUCUUCCCUUCAUGCGACUUGUCUUCGGGGUCUGGAAGGACAUGGCAUGGACGAGCUGAGGGCUGAAAACUGGUGGAAAUCUCUCAAGAAAGUUGGAAGUAACGCAGGGACAAGUUCAGAAAACUAGCUGGCGGACACUGCGCGUUUAAAGACAUCUGAUGGAUUAAAAAGUGAGUUCCAUUUUUUUGAAGAUCAAUCCCUUUUGGACAGCAGUGCUGAUCGUCACGCUUGCUCACCACACCCAUUCCCUCCAUCGGUGUUUGUGAACCCACUCCGGACAGCUUGCAGCAGGGUCUUUCCUGAGCAGCAGCAGCUGCGUCCUGCUUGCUGACUCUUCUCCCUGCCCCACUUCCUGUGCUUGGUCAGAACAGGGACUACUGAAAGUAAUCAAGGAGGGCCUCUUGACCCCUCAGCAGUGGGCAGUCUCCACUGACGUCCUCCCUGUCAACCUUCACUAGUCUCAAGCAUGACUUCCAUGUCCAGUCUAUUUUCCUUCACAAGUCCAGCAGUAAAACGCCUGCUUGGCUGGAAGCAGGGAGAUGAAGAAGAGAAAUGGGCAGAAAAGGCAGUGGACGCUCUUGUAAAAAAGCUAAAGAAGAAGAAAGGGGCAAUGGAGGACCUGGAAAAAGCCCUGAGCUGCCCCGGGCAGCCCAGCAAAUGUGUUACCAUUCCGAGAUCACUGGACGGCCGGCUACAGGUUUCUCACCGCAAAGGUCUGCCACAUGUCAUCUAUUGCCGGGUGUGGCGGUGGCCAGACCUCCAGUCUCACCAUGAGCUCAAGCCCCUGGAGGUGUGCGAGUAUCCAUUUGGCUCCAAACAGAAAGAGGUCUGCAUCAACCCGUAUCACUACAAGCGAGUGGAGAGUCCUGUGCUCCCCCCUGUCUUGGUACCGCGACACAGCGAGUUCAAUCCGCAGCACAGCUUGCUGGUACAGUUUCGCAACCUGACCCACAAUGAGCCACACAUGCCCCUGAACGCCACCUUUCCCGAGUCCUUCCAGCAACCACACAGCGGGGGCAGCAGCACGGGCGGAGGUGGUGGUGGUGGUGGAGGAGGGUCUUUCCCAAUUUCUCCCAACUCUCCUUAUCCUCCAUCUCCAGCCAGCAGUGGUACUUACCCCAACUCUCCUGCCAGCUCGGGGCCCUCCAGUCCAUUCCAGCUCCCAGCUGACACCCCGCCCCCAGCAUACAUGCCUCCUGAUGAGCAGCUGGGCCAGGAGAGCCAGUCCAUGGAGACAAGCAGUAGCCAAGUGCCACAGAACUUGGUCAGGGGAGAUGUGCAGCCUGUGGAGUAUGAGGAGCCUAGCCACUGGUGCUCCAUCGUCUACUAUGAACUCAACAAUCGUGUAGGCGAGGCUUACCAUGCCUCGUCAACCAGUGUGCUCGUCGAUGGCUUCACUGACCCUUCAAACAACAAGAACCGAUUCUGCCUUGGACUCUUGUCCAACGUCAACCGCAACUCCACAAUUGAGAACACCCGUCGGCACAUCGGCAAAGGUGUUCACCUGUACUACGUAGGAGGCGAGGUGUAUGCCGAGUGCCUCAGUGACACCAGCAUUUUUGUCCAGAGCCGUAACUGCAACUACCACCAUGGCUUCCAUCCUACAACAGUCUGCAAGAUCCCCAGUGGCUGCAGCCUGAAGAUUUUCAACAACCAGGAGUUUGCACAACUCCUGGCUCAGUCCGUCAACCAUGGCUUUGAGGCCGUUUAUGAGCUCACCAAAAUGUGUACCAUCCGUAUGAGCUUUGUUAAGGGCUGGGGAGCGGAGUACCACAGACAGGACGUCACCAGCACCCCCUGUUGGAUCGAAGUGCACCUCCAUGGGCCACUUCAGUGGUUGGACAAGGUCCUGACUCAGAUGGGUUCUCCCCUCAACCCAAUCUCCUCUGUGUCAUAAUAUUUAGAUUUAUUAUUUUUUUGUCACUUUUUUCCCUCCAUCAGUGAUUUAAUUUAAUGUGGUCUUAAAUGGCUAAACUGUUUACAUCUACUGUGGGAGGGGCUUGUUGGACUAGAAUGGCAGCAGCAGCCAGAAUUUAGAAUCAUGUUUAAUAUCAGCGGGAGAAAGAAGAAAAGUAGUUGUGAUGGCAUGGACUGGCUACUUUUCCACAACGACAUUACUGAAGCAUUGUUGAGCUUCCAUAAAUUGUAUUGGUUACUCCAAUGUAUUUGAUUUCUAUGUAUGUUUAGUUUUUGCCUUAUUUUUGACAAUUCUGAAUUCAUGGAACAAUUUUCUUAUUUUGUUGUCUGUCUGAUAUUUUACAGGUUAGGUUCAGAUAUCACAAAUGCUUGCUUUUCUCGUCUAAUUGUUAAACUGAACACUGAGAAAGUAAUGUUUGCUAAAGCUGUGGGAGACGGAUCACUGAACCAAGUUCUUCGUGCCAUAAGCUAACACUAUUGUGAAUGUUUUAACUAGUCACGAAAGAUCCAUUCUGACCAUAAGACUUUUCUUGUUCCAUCAGUAAGAGAGACAUGCAUUGUCUACACUCUAUUAACAAGUUUGUGCAUUAAAGGAUUAUGUGGAGGCGUAUAUGAAAUGUUGCCGUGCGUUAAAACUCGAAGUUGAUGAAUGACUUCAUUAGCGCCAUUUAAUAAACUGGUUAUUUGGUUAA